AUGUCACUAUCAACAUACCUCACCAAACCAUCGUGGAUAUUCCCCAUCCUCGCAGUGGUAGCCACAGUAUUGCACUGCAUCAACCGCCUCUUUAUCAAACCCCAUUUCAGCCCUCUAAAGCAUCUCCCUUCUCCCAAGCAAGGCCCUCUUCUAUUCCGUCUCAUACACGAGCCCAAAGUCUCGGAGAUAGAAGCAUGGAUGGAUGAGCUCCCGCACCAGGGACUAAUCAGGUACAUGGGAAUCUUCAACCAGGAGCGUGUCUAUGUUGCUUCUCCUGGAGCUGCGCAGGAGUUGCUUUCCUCGAAUGCCUACAAGACUAUCAAACCUGAGCUUCAGUGGAUCCUGGCGAAUAAUAUCGCUGGCCAUGGGUUGCUCAUCCAAGAGGGCGAGCAACAUAAACAGGCUCGCAAGAGAUUCAAUCCGGUGUUUAGCCCUGCUCAGAUGAAGAAGUGGUUCCCUACCAUCUGGAACUUAGCCGUCGACGCCAUUGACCUACUCCCGCAACACAUCAAGAGGGAACCAUUUGCCCCACACGGCGUUGUAGCUAUCAUCGAACUUGUCUCUGCAGCAAGUAUCGACAUCAUCGGUCGUUUUGGCUUCACCACCGAGUUCCAGACCCUUCAGAGAGUCACAUCACGUGAGAGCACUAAAGGCUCCUCUGAUCCAAAGGUCCGCUUUGGUAAAGCCUACAUCGAGAUGUUCAAGACAACCAAGCGAGGCCAGACGACCCUUCGUGCAGCAUCCCUCAUCGGACCCAAGAUCGCGCUGAAGCUGCCUCUGCGAGCGGUCAAGACGAUCGAUAGUAUCAUGGCUUUGGUUCGUGCCACGGCCGAGGAUAUAACGAGAGACCACGAGCGAAAUAUUGAGAAAUAUGUGGGAAGUUCAGAUCCGGAUAUGCUCACGCUGCUUAUGGAGACUGGGCACUUUUCGCAUCAGGACUUGGUUGAGCAGACUGUUCACUUCUUUGCUGCUGCAACAGAGACCGUGGCUGGUUCUACAUGCUGGGCUAUUCACUUGCUCUCCCGACACCUUGAUAUUCAAGACCGUCUGCGAGCAGAGAUUAGGGAGCAUAUAUCCUCGCCUAGAUCAGAUGUCAGCCAAUCCCAGCUACACAGCCUGAAAUAUCUCAACGCCGUCACAAACGAAGUGCUACGAUACCACUCCAUCAACACCCUCCUCUGGCGCGAGCCAACACAGGACAUGACUCUUGCAGGAGAGCGAAUCCCUAAAGGCACAAAGAUUGUCUUUUCACCAUGGGCUCUGAACCGUGAUCCUGCACACUGGGGGCCUGACGCCAGGCUGUUCAAUCCAUCGCGAUGGCUGGAUAAUCCCAGCGGUGGAGCCGACCACGCAUACUCGUUUCUGACGUUUGGGGGUGGUCCACGUCGUUGUGUUGGGGAGCAAUACGCCAGAGAUCAGCUGUCGUGUUUUGUUGCUAGUCUUGUUGGACGGUAUAAGUUUACUCCUGUUGAUCUGCAGAAUGGGUCGGAUGAGGGGAGGGAGAUUGGUGAUGAUUUUGCGUUGACGCUGUUUAAGAUCCUUUCGGGGUGGAAGUUGAACGUUGAGUUGGUUCCUGGGUGGUGA